AUGGACAAGCUGACGAGCGUUGUGAGUGUUGUGUCCAACAGCGGGGUGGGCUCCGCGUUGGGGGAGGCGGGCGUCAUUGAGGCGCGGGACUCGGAGUCCCUCUGCCCCUCGCUCUCCUGGAAGCACCGGCUGAUUGGCUGCGGCUGCUGCGUCGGCCUCGGCAUGCUCUUCUCGCUGCUCAGCUUCAUUGCCAUUCUUCAGCUGGACCUCGUCCUCUUUAGUGUUCUCUUCUCCUUCGGCAACGUCGUCGCGAUUGCGGGGCUGCUGUUCCUCGCCGGCCCCAUGGCGCAGCUGCGGCGCAUGUUUGACGAGAAGCGGUGGAUCGCGACGACGGUGUACCUCGUCUUCAUCGUCCUCACGCUUGUCUGCGCCCUCGCGCUGCACAACGCCCUGCUGGUGCUGGUGUGCUGCCUGGUGCAGAUCGGGGCGAUGGUGUGGUACGUGCUGUCGUACAUUCCCUUCGCGAGAGAUGCGGUGAAGUCGUGCUUCGGCCGCCUCACGCGGUAG